GUCAUUGAUAAGAGUGAUGAGUCGGGACGGACUUUUGAGGUAUUUAUGACACCAGAAGAUUUCUUGAGAUCAUUCACACCGGGAGUGAUGCAGCCAAGGAAAUACGGAUUGGACAGUUAUAAAAUAUACCAACCAGAAGUAGAAGCACAAGUACAAGUUUUCCGACACGAAAAGCAUCUUUUACAAGUUGGGCGAGAAUGGACUGAUCAGCUUCAGCGAUUAUCUGUUUCUGAUGACUCUGUUGUCAAGUAA